AUGCAAACCGUCAAGGGACUUCUAAGAUCAUUAGAUAUAUAUGGUCAUGAAGUAAAGUUGCUCUACAAAGGAAAUAGCACCAAAAAGACCUUACCCGGGGCACUGUUGACUGUCAUCUCAGUGGGAUUGUUAGCAUGGUAUCUAAUUUUACAACUAUCUGACAUCCAAAACAACAAAAAUUCCUUCAAACAGACUCUUAUCCAGCUAGAUCUUGAUAAUCUGCAAUUUCCUAUCAGCAAAGACAGUUUUGAUACAGCAUUAAUGUUGUUACCUCCUUUUGCUUUUAACAAAGAACAAGACAAAAAUGAGAAUAUUUACAGAUAUGCCAAUAUCACUACUAUUCUUACAAUUACCACAGAUAAACUGGACUAAGACGGAGACAGAAUUAAUGAGGAUUAGCAUCUAGAAUUGUUCAAAUGCUCAAAAGACAGAAUGUUCUCGAGUGAAAGAUAUAAAGCUAUGAUAGAAAGGUAUUAAUACGCAGAGUAACUUUGCUUUAAACAGUUUGAGCAAUUGAAAUUUAGAACUGACAACAAUAGAAUAACUUAUAGAAUAGGAGCUUGUGAUCAAGAAUAUCUAUCUAAAAAAUAUCCUAAUUCAACUUGCGAAAAAAAUAAAACCAAAGCUUAGGAGAUAUUGACAAAUACAAACGUUAUAAUAUUCUCUUCAUCGUUUUACUUUGAUCCAGAAGAAUUUAAUGAAAGCCCUGUAAAAGUAAACACCGUUUAAAAUGCUUUCAGGUUCUCAUAAUUUGAGAAAAUAAUUAAUUAUGAGAUUGGUUACAACAAAGCUAUCAUAUCAGAUUCUAAGAUACAUGAAAAUAUAGGCAAUUACUAGAGAGAGUUUAUUUCAACUAAAUUCGUAAGCUAGGGUGCUAACGAUAAGUCAUUAACAGAUCCAAUCCACUUUACAAUUCAAUUCUAUAUGACCACAGAGUAAAAUGUAUUUGAAAGACAGGCUAAUAAUCUUGUUGGUGCUCUUUCAAAUACUGGAGGACUAGCUGGAAUAGUAUUUGCUAUUGUUCGUAUACUUUUCGGGCCAAUGCAGGAAUUUUUAUACUAUCAAAGUUUAUUGAAAAAGUCAUACAUGGUUGAGAAGGAUAGAGUGUUAAGUGAUGUUUUUCGAAGACUGUCUCAAUUUUCCUAUAUAAGAAGAAAUUUAUUAAAAGAAAAUGAUAAAAACUUAGACAUUUCCAAAUUUUAGGCUAAAGACUUCAACACUUAUCUAGAGCUGAUUAAAAGACUUAAAAACCGUGUACCUUUCAGGUAUAGAUUUAGGUAGUAUUUAGCUUACUAUGUAAAAAGGCUAUUCCUUUGCAAGAGAAAACAUUUUAGAAUAUAAAGAGAACUAUUUGACUUUGGUAAAAAGAAAAUAGAGAGACAAUUUGAUAUUGCUGUUAUCUUAAGAGAUUUGAGAAUAUUUAAAAUGACGAAUAGUCUGCUUUUAUCAAAAUACCAAAGGAAAUUGAUACCAUUCUUCAAAAAAUAUCAACUAAACUAGAUGUACGAAAGAGAUAAACAAAAAAAGGAGAAAGCUCUCAAAUAAGGAGAUUAGAAGCUAUUCGUUAAUGAAGUAACACAGCUCAUGGUUGAACUUUUUUCUGAUAACUAGAAUCCUUCAAACUCCUAUAACUAAGUCUUUCUACAUAGUUUAUUCUUACAGAAUAGAGAAAAUGCAUAAAAAGACUUGAAAUCAUUAAUGUACAAGGCAGUGCUUCGAUACUUCAUAAAUAUUAAUUUAGAGGAACGAAAACCUUCAAGGUUAAGAUCAUCAGCUUAAAAAUUGGUUUCAGUAAAUGUUAACCCAAUUGCUAGAUCAACAACAUUAGGAGCAUCUGUCACAGAACUUAAUGAUAUUAGAUUGCAGUUAAGGCUUAGUAAAGAUGAAGCACAACUAUCUACUGUUAUUAAGCAUGAUGACAGUCCAAAGCUUAGUCCAAAUGAAACUCCCAGAGAUGAAGAAAAUUAAUUCAAUACAGAGAGUAACAUCAAUCAAUGUUAGAAUGAAGAGUAGUUACAGUAUGAAGGAACUUAAACAAUAGAUGAUUUUUGGGAGGACGCUCAGGUUCAAGAAACACCCUCCUUGGAAGUUAAGCAAUAGAUUAAGUGA